CGAGCUCAUACAGGAAAGAAACCAUAUUCAUGCUCAGAAUGUGGGAAAUGUUUUCCUUUUAAAUCAAGUCUUGUUCAACAUCAAAGAAUUCACACAGGAGAGAAGCCAUUUUCAUGUUCAGUAUGUGGGAAAUGUUUUACUCAGAAAUCAGACCUUGUUGUACAUCAAAGAACUCACACAGGGGAGAAGCCAUAUUCAUGUUCAGAAUGUGGGAAAUGUUUUAGUGUUCAAUCACAUCUUGUUCCACAUAAAAGAACUCACACAGGAGAGAAGCCAUUUUCAUGUGUAGAAUGUGGGAAAUGUUUUACUGCGAAAUCAACACUUAAAUAUCAUCUAAGAACUCACACAGGAGAGAAGCCAGUGGCGGUCUAUUUCUCCAUGGAGGAGUGGGAGUAUGUAGAAGGACACAAGGAUCAGUACAAGGAUCAGGUCAUGAUGGAGGAUCAGCAGCCCCUCACAUCACCAGUCAGAUCCAGUAAGAGAACAGCACCAGAGAGGUGUCCCCGUCCUCUUCUUCCACAGGAUGAUCAGGGAGAAGAUCCGAACAAUAUUAAUGCUCCAGAGACAGAUGUGAGUGGUGAUGAGCAGUAUAAGGAGCACAUUUCUACAGGAAAAGAUGUGAUCUAUAUUAAUACUACAGAUAUAAAGGAAGAAGCAGAGACAGAUGUGAGCGGUGAUGAGCAGUAUAAGGAGGACAUUCCUACAGGGAAAAAUCUGAUCUAUAGUAAUACUACAGAUUUAAGAGAAGAAGAAGAGACAGAUGUGAGCAGUGAUGAGCAGUAUAAGGAGGACAUUCCUACAGGUAACCGCCCAGAUUCUUGUACCAGGAGAUCAGAGGAGAAUCUUAUAUCUUCAGAUUAUAAAGCAGAUGAUGAUAUCACACAAGAUACAUAUGAAGAACAUUCCAUUAUCCCAGAUACACCCUCAGCCCUUCACAGCCAAGAUCUGUCAUCUCAUCCUUAUAUACAGGUCCUGUCUUCUCAGUCAUCACAGGAUGUUCAGCAAAAAAAACGUCACAGAAGGGGUGUUGGACAUCAUCAAGCUCAUACAGGAAAGAAAACAUAUUCAUGCUCAGAAUGUGGGAAAUGUUUUACUAAGAAAUCACAUCUUGCUGGACAUCGAAGAACUCACACAGGAGAGAAGCCAUUUUCAUGCUCAGAAUGUGGGAAAUGUUUUACUUUUAAAUCAAAUCUUGUUGUACAUCAGAGAACUCACAAAGGAGAGAAGCCAUUUUCAUGUUCAGAAUGUGGGAAGUGUUUUACUCGGAAACCAAAUCUUAUUGAACAUCAAAGAACUCACACAGAAGAGAAGCCAUUUUCAUGUUCAGAAUGUGGGAAGUGUUUUACUCGGAAACCAAAUCUUAUUGAACAUCAAAGAAUUCACACAGAAGAGAAGCCAUUUUCAUGCUCAGAAUGUGGGAAAUGUUUUACUUUUAAAUCAAGCCUUGUUGUACAUCAAAGAACUCACACAGGAGAGAAGCCAUUUUCAUGUGCAGAAUGUAGGAAAUGUUUUACUGAGAAAUCAAGUCUUGUUGUACAUCAAAGAACUCACACAGGGGAGAAGCCAUUUUUAUGUUCAGAAUGUGGGAAAUGUUUUACGUUAAAAUCAAGUCUUGUUAAACAUCAGAGAACUCACACAGGAGAGAAGCCAAUUCAGGUGCUGUCCCCAAUAGAUUGGCCUUAUUCAGGGGUGACCCCAGAACCUUGGGAAUCUGAUCCUGAUGUACCCACGGUAGGGGUGACCACUCACAGAGAAGAAGACACACAAGCGUCUCCCUUGCAUGUAAUGGUGGGAGAUGUAGAGGAGCUGCCUCCAGGGCCCGAGUUGGCAGACCUCAACGUCUCUGGGGGCAAUUUUGGUACUGCCCAACACCAAGACCCAACGUUGUCUCGGGCCUGGGAAAAUGUCUUGGUGGUGGAAGAUGCACCCCAACAACCGGGGGCCGAGACGGUAUAUCCCCAUUUUGUGGUUCACCAAGGGAUGUUGUACCGGGUAAAUCAGGUACAGGGUGAGAAUGUGGAACAGUUAAUGAACAUUGUGCUCCGACCACAUCGUCGGUAUGCUUCAGCCUACCUGGACGAUAUCGUCAUUUACAGCGCAGAUUGGGAAAGUCAUCUUCCAAAAGUGCAGGCCGUGGUAGACUCCCUCAGGAAAGCUGGGUUAACGGCUAACCCCAAAAAAAUUGCCAUUGGUCUGGAAGAGACCAAAUACCUGGGGUACAUCAUUGGGCGUGGGGUUGUUAAACCUCAGAUUAAUGCUCCAGAGACAGAUGUGAGCGGUGAUGAACAGUAUAAGGAGGACAUUCCUACUAGGAAAGAUCUGAACAAUAUUAAUGCUACAGAUAUGAAGGAAGAAGAAGAGACAGAUGUGAGCAGUGAUGAGCAGUAUAAGGAUGACAAUCCUACAGAGAAAGAUCUUAUCUAUAUUAAUGCUACAGACAUAAAGGAAGAAGAAGAGACAGAUGUGAGCAGUGAUGAGCAGUAUAAGGAGGACAUUCCAACAGGAAAAGAUUUGAGCAAUAUUAAUGCUACAGAUGUGAAGGAAGAAGAAGAGACAGAUGUGAGCAGUGAUGAGCAGUAUAAGGAGGACAUUCCAACAGGAAAAGAUCUGAACAAUAUUAAUGCUACAGAUAUGAAGGAAGAAGAAGAGACAGAUGUAAGCGGUGAUGAGCAUUAUAAUGAGGACAUUCCUACAGGGAAAGAUCUGAUCUAUAUUAAUUCUACAGACAUAAAGGAAGAAGAAGAGACAGAUGUGAACGGUGAUGAGCAGUAUAAGGAGGACAUUCCUACAGAGAAAGAUUUGAUCCAUAUUAAUGCUACAGACAUAAAGGAAGAAGAAGAGACAGAUGUGAGCAGUGAUGAGCAGUAUAAGGAGGACAUUCCUACAGGUAACCACCCAGAUUCUUGUACCAGGAGAUCAGAGGAGAAUCUUAUAUCUUCAGAUUAUAAAGCAGAUGAUGAUAUCACACAAGAUACAUAUGAAGAACAUUCCAUUAUCCCAGAUACACCCUCAGCCCUUCACAGCCAAGAUCUCUCAUCUCAUCCUUAUAUACAGGUCCUGUCUUCUCAUUCAUCACAGGAUGUUCAGCUAAAUAAAGGUCACAGAAGGGGUGUUGGACAUCAAAAAGCUCAUACAGGAAAGAAACCAUAUUCAUGCUCAGAAUGUGGGAAAUGUUUUACUCACAAAUCACAUCUUGUUCGACAUCAAAGAACUCACACAGGAGAGAAGCCAUUUUCAUGUUCAGAAUGUGCGAAAUGUUUUACUCAGAAAUCAAGUUUUGUUGUACAUAAAAAAACUCACACAGAGGAGAAGCCAUUUUGCUGUGCAGAGUGUGGGAAAUGUUUUAUUGUGAAAUCACAACUUGUUCAACAUCAAAGAACUCACACAGGGGAGAAGCCGUUUUCAUGUUCAGAAUGUGGAAAAUAUUUUUCUCAGAGAUCAAAUCUUGUUAAACAUAAAAGAAUUCACACAGGGAAGAUACCGUUUUCAUGUUCGGAAUGUGGGAAAUGUUUUGCUCAGAAAUCAGAUCUUGUUAGACAUCAAAGAACUCACACAGGGAAGAAGCCAUUUUCAUGUUCAGAAUGUGUGAAAUGGUUUGCUCAGAAAUCAGAUCUUGUUAGACAUCAAAUAACUCACACAGGAGAGAAGCCAUUUUCAUGUUCAGAAUGUGGGAAAUGGUUUUCUCAGAAAUCAGAUCUUGUUAGACAUCAUAGAACUCACACAGGUGAGAAGCCAUUUUCAUGCUCAGAAUGUGGAAAAUGUUUUACUGAGAAAUCAAGUCUUGUUAAACAUAAACGAACUCACACAGGGGAGAAACCAUAUUCAUGUUCAGAAUGUAGGAAAUGUUUUUCUAACAAAUCAAGUUUUGUUGUACAUAAAAAAACUCACAUGGAGGAGAAGCCAUUUUGCUGUGCAGAGUGCGGGAAAUGUUUUAGUGUGAAAUCACAACUUGUUCAACAUCAAAGAACUCACACAGGGGAGAAGCCAUUUUCAUGCGCAGAAUGUGGGAGAUGUUUUAUUAAGAAAUCACAUCUUGUUCAACAUCAAAGAACUCACACAGGACAGAAGCCAUUUUCAUGUGCAGAAUGUGGGAAAUGCUUUACUCAGAAAUCACAUCUUGUUAAACAUAAAAGAACUCACACAGGAGAGAAGCCAUUUUCAUGUUCAAAAUGUGGGAAAUGUUUUAAUUGGAAAUCAGGUCUUCUUCAGCAUCAAAGAACUCACACAGGGGAGAAGUCAACAGUAGUGAAGAAGUCCUCUAGUGGGCGCUGUCGGGCCCCUGUGUGUGAAGGAUGGGGAAGAACCCUGAGCCCAAUCCCGGGGCCCCCACCUCACUCCCUGAUACAUGAGGAAAUGGAUGAACAGAAGAUCAGAGAACUCAUCAACAAGAUGAUGGAGCUGCUGACUGGAGAGGUUCCUAUAAGGUGUCAGGACGUGGCGGUCUAUUUCUCCAUGGAGGAGUGGGAGUAUGUAGAAGGACACAAGGAUCAGUACAAGGAUCAGGUGAUGAUGGAGGAUCAGCAGCCCCUCCCAUCACCAGUCAGAUCCAGUAAGAGAACAGCACCAGAGAGGUGUCCCCGUCCUCUUCUUCCACAGGAUGAUCAGGAAGAAGAGACAGAUGUGGGCAGUUAUGAGCAGUAUAAGAAGGACAUUCCUACAGGAAAAGAUUUAAUUUAUAAUAAUACUACAGAUGUAAAGGAAGAAGAGGAGACAGAUGUGAGCGGUGAUGAGCAGUAUAAGGAGGACAUUCCAACAGGGGAAGAUCUGAUCUAUACUAAUGCUCCAGACACAAUAGUAAAAGUAGAAGAAGAGACAGAUGUGAGCGGUAUUGAGCAGUAUGAGGACAUUUCUACAGGUAAUCGCUCAUAUUCUUGUAGCAGGAGAUCAGAGGAGAAUCUUAUAUCUUCAGAUUAUAAAGCAGAUGAUGAUAUCACACAAGAUACAUAUGAAGAACAUUCCAUUAUCCCAGAUACACCCUCAGCCCUUCACAGCCAAGAUCUCUCAUCUCAUCCUUAUAUACAGGUCCUGUCUUCUCAGUCAUCACAGGAUGUUCAGCAAAAUAAGGAGAUCUUAUUAUCAUGUUUUACUCAGAAAACAGAUGUUGUCCAACAUCAGAGAAGUCACACAGGGGAGAAGCCAGUUUCAUGUUCAGAAUGUGGAAAAUGUUUUACUCGGAAAUCCUAUCUUACUGAACAUGCAAGAAUUCAUACUGGAGAGAAGCCAUUUUCAUGUUCAGAAUGUGGGAAAUGUUUUACUCGGAAAUCAUAUCUUACUGAACAUGGAAGAUUUCAUACCGGAGAGAAGUUAUUUUCAUGUUCACAAUGUGAAAAGUGUUUUACUCAGAACUCAGAUCUUGUUAGACAUCAAAGAACUCACACAGGGGAGAAGCCAUUUUCAUGUUCAGACUGUGGGAAAUGUUUUACUCACAAAUCAAAUCUUGUAAAACAUCAAAAAACUCACUCAGCACUGAAGCGAUUUCCAUGUUCAGAAUGUGGGAAAAGUUUUUCAGAGAAAACAGAUCUUGUUCAGCAUCAAAGAAAUCACACAGGGGAAAAGCCAUUUUCAUGUUUAGAAUGCGGGAAAUGUUUUACUCGAAAACCAUAUCUCACUGAACAUGAAAGAACUCACACAGGGGAGAAGCUUUUUUCUUGUUCAGAAUGUGGGAAACAUUUUACUCAGAAAUCCAGUCUUGGUCGACAUAAAAUAACUCACACAGGAGAGAAGCCAUUUUCAUGCUCAGAAUGUGGAAAUUGUUUUACUAAGAAAUCCAGUCUUGUUUAUCAUAAAAGAUCUCACACAGGGGAGAAACUAUUUUCAUGCUCAGAGUGUGGGAAAUGUUUUACCCGGAAAACACAGCUUAUCAAACAUCUAAGAAUUCAUGCAGGUGAGGAGACAAUUCAGAGCAAUAAAUGAUGCAGAUAACACAUCUAUAUAUUAACCAUGUACAUAGGAUAUCUGACAUUUAUACAUAUAUCAUAUACUGCAUCUCCAAACUUGUUCCCAAUUGUUAAUAAAAGUUUUCUUUUAGAACGUA